AUGGCGUCUGGCUUUUCCAAUGGACCCUGCGUCCAGAACGAAGCGGAGGUGGUUCACCUCUGCAGGAGUCUGGAAGUUGGCACCGUGAUGACUUUGUUUUACUCGAAAAAAUCGCAGAGGCCGGAGAGGAAAACUUUCCAGGUGAAGCUAGAAACCAGACAGAUCACUUGGAGCAGAGGGUCGGAGAAAAUAGAAGGAGCGAUCGAUAUUCGUGAAAUCCAAGAGAUUCGUCCAGGAAAUAAUUCCCGAGAUUUUGACCGAUACCAGGAGGAUCCCUCUUUCCGGUCAGACCCGUCUCACUGCUUCGUCGUCCUCUAUGGAAUGGAGUUCAGGCUGAAAACUCUCAGCCUGCAAGCCACAUCCGAGGAUGAAGUCAACAUGUGGAUCAAAGGGUUAAACUGGCUGGUGGAAGAUACUCUCAGAGCCCCCACCCCCCUGCAAAUCGAAAGGUGGCUCCGGAAGCAGUUCUACUCGCUGGAUCGCAACCGAGAAGACAGGAUUUCAGCGAAGGAUUUGAAAAACAUGCUGUCCCAGGUCAACUACCGAGUCCCAAACAUGCGGUUCCUGCGGGAGAGAUUAACGGAUGUGGAGCAGAGGAACGGGGAUAUAACGUACAGCCAGUUCGCCCAGCUUUACCGGAGCCUGAUGUAUGACGCCCAGAAAACGAUGGAGCUCCCAUUCCUGGAAAGGUGUGCAGAGAGACUUGAGCACUCCAAGGUGUCCCUGCUGGAGUUCCAGAAGUUCUUGCUGGAGUAUCAGAUGGAACUCUGGGCUACAGACAUCCUCCAGGUUCAGGAGUUCAUGUUUAACUUUCUGAGAGACCCCCUGAGAGAGAUUGAAGAGCCUUAUUUCUCUCUGGAUGAGAUACUUGCCUUCCUCUUCUCCAAAGAGAACAGCAUCUGGAACUCGCAGCUGGACGCGGUGUGCGUGGAGAACAUGAACAAUCCCCUCUCCCAUUACUGGAUCUCCUCCUCGCAUAACACGUACCUGACGGGGGAUCAGUUCUCCAGCGAGUCCUCCUUGGAAGCCUACGCGCGCUGUCUGCGCAUGGGAUGCCGCUGCAUUGAGUUGGAUUGCUGGGACGGCCCCGAUGGGAUGCCCGUGAUUUACCAUGGACACACCUUAACCACCAAAAUCAAAUUCUCUGACGUCUUGAUGACCAUCAAGGAACAUGCCUUCAUGACCUCUGAAUAUCCUGUCAUCCUGUCCAUUGAAGAUCAUUGCAGUAUUGCUCAGCAGAGGAACAUGGCUCAGAAUUUUAAGAAGGUUUUUGGGGACAUGCUUUUGACCAAGCCGGUGGAUAUAUCCGCUGACGGGCUCCCCUCCCCGAACCAGCUGAAGAGGAAGAUUCUCAUUAAGCACAAGAAGCUGGCGGAGGGCAGUGCUUAUGAAGAGUUGCCGACGUCUGUAAUGUAUUCAGAGAAUGAUAUCAGCAACUCCAUAAAGAACGGGAUCCUCUACCUGGAAGAUCCCAUCAAUCACGAAUGGAAUCCGCACUACUUUGUCCUGACCAGCAGCAAGAUCUAUUACUCUGAGGAGACGACCGGCCACCCGGGAAACGAGGAUGAAGAGGAACCAAAGGAGGUGAGCAACAGCACUGAACUUCACUCGACUGAGAAGUGGUUUCAUGGCAAGCUGGGGGCUGGGCGCGAUGGGCGCCACAUAGCAGAGAGGCUGCUGAUGGAGUACUGCAUAGAGACGGGUGCCCCUGAUGGGUCUUUCCUAGUACGAGAGAGUGAAACCUUCGUGGGAGACUACACCCUCUCUUUCUGGCGCAAUGGGAAGGUGCAGCAUUGCCGCAUCCAUUCCCGGCAGGACGCCGGCAGCCCCAAGUUCUUCCUGACCGACAACCUGGUGUUCGACAGCCUCUACGACCUCAUCACCCAUUACCAGCAAGUGCCUCUGAGGUGCAACGAGUUCGAGAUGAAGCUGACUGAGCCUGUGCCGCAGACCAACGCCCACGAGAGCAAAGAGUGGUACCACGCCAACCUCACCCGGGCCCAGGCCGAGCACAUGCUGAUGAGGGUGUCGCGGGAUGGAGCCUUCCUAGUGCGCAAGAGGAGCGAGCCCAACUCCUAUGCGAUCUCGUUCCGGGCGGAAGGGAAGAUCAAGCACUGCCGAGUGCUGCAGGAGGGCCAGACCGUGCUCCUGGGCAACUCCGAGUUCGACAGCCUGGUGGAUCUGAUCAGCUACUACGAGAAGCACCCGCUCUACCGCAAGAUGAAGCUGAGGUACCCCAUCAACGAGGAGACGCUGGAGAAGAUUGGGACAGCGGAGCCAGACUAUGGAGCCCUUUAUGAAGGACGCCAUCCGGGAUUCUACGUGGAGGCCAAUCCCAUGCCAACCUUCAAGUGUGCUGUCAAGGCCCUGUUCGACUACAAGGCGCAGCGGGAAGACGAGCUAACCUUCAUGAAGAACGCCAUCAUCCAGAACGUGGAGAAGCAGGAAGGAGGCUGGUGGAGAGGAGAUUAUGGGGGCAAAAAACAGCUGUGGUUUCCUUCCAACUACGUGGAGGAACUAGCCAGCCUCGGUGGCCAGGAGCCCGACAGGGAGCAGCAGCUAGAUGAGAACAGCCCCCUGGGAGUCCUGCUUGGAGGCACCCUGGAUGUGCCGUCCUGCCAGAUAGCCAUCCGCCCUGAGGGGAAGAACAACCGCACCUUCGUCUUCUCCAUCAGCAAGGCCUCCAUGUCGCGCCCAUCCAUGGACGUGGCGGCUGACACACACGAGGACCUGCUGGACUGGGUGAAGAAGAUCCGGGAGGCAGCCCAGACCGCUGACGCCAGGCUCUCCGAAGGGAAGAUGAUGGAGAGGAGGAAGAAGAUCGCCCUGGAGCUAUCGGAACUUGUCAUCUACUGCCGGCCCGUCCCCUUUGAUGAAGAGAAGAUUGGCACAGAAAGGGCCUGUUACAGGGACAUGUCGUCCUUCCCCGAGACCAAGGCGGAGAAGUAUGUCAACAAGAUCAAAGGCAAGAAGUUCCUGCAGUACAACCGGCUGCAGCUCUCCCGCAUCUACCCCAAGGGCCAGCGCCUCGACUCCUCCAACUACGACCCCCUGCCCAUGUGGAUCUGUGGCAGCCAGCUGGUGGCGCUCAACUUCCAGACCCCAGACAAGCCCAUGCAGAUGAACCAGGCCCUGUUCAUGUCCGGCGGCCAGUGUGGGUACGUGUUGCAGCCGGCCAACAUGCGGGACGACCUCUUCGACCCCUUUGACAAGAGCACGGUGCGCGGGCUGGAGCCGCUCUCGGUCUCCAUUGAGAUCCUUGGGGCACGACAUCUUCCCAAAAACGGGAGGGGGAUUGUUUGCCCGUUUGUGGAGGUCGAGGUGUCUGGAGCGGACUACGACAAUGCCAAACAGAAGACGGAGAUCGUGGCGGACAACGGCCUGAACCCCCUCUGGCCCCAGAAGCCCUUCAGUUUCCAGGUCAGCAACCCCGACUUCGCCUUCCUGCGCUUCGUGGUGUAUGAGGAGGACAUGUUCAGUGACGAGAAUUUCUUGGCGCAGGCCACGUUCCCAGUGAAAGGCCUGAAGACAGGGUACAGAGCUGUGCCGUUGAAGAACAACUACAGCGAGAACCUGGAGUUGGCCUCCCUGCUUGUUAAAAUAGAGAUCUUCCCUGGCAAGCAGGAAAAUGGAGAAAUUAACCUCUUCGGUGCCUCAGCCCUCCGAGAACGGACAGGUGACCCUUCAAGUCAGCUCCUGACAAACCGAGCCCGGGAAGGGUCCUUCGACGCCCGCUACCAACAGCCAUUUGAGGAUUUCCGGGAGCAGCUAGCAGACCAAUUUGACAGCCGAGAGCGAAGGGUACUGCGAAGAACCAGGGUGAAUGGGGACAACCGGCUCUAG